AUGGAAGUUAGGAAUGAGACCACCAUCACUGAGUUUAUUCUUCUAGGACUCAGCAACAACCCUAGGAUCCAGGUAUUACUUUUUGUGCUAUUCUUGGUGAUUUACCUCUUGACCCUCUUAGGGAACUUGUUGAUGAUGCUGGUGAUCACUGUUGAUUCUCACCUCCACACACCCAUGUAUUUCUUCCUGAGACACCUCUCCUUCCUGGAUACUAUCUAUUCCUCUGUCAUUGUGCCUAAACUGCUAGAGAACCUUCUUUCUCAAUGGAAGACAAUAUCCUUUGUCGGAUGUUUCACCCAGAUGUCUCUGGUCAUAUUUGCUGGGUCCACUGAAGCUUGCCUCCUUUCUGUCAUGGCCUAUGACCGAUAUCAGGCUGUAUGCCACCCUCUCGUGUAUGUGGCAGCUAUGAACAGGAAGGUAUGUACUGGCCUGAUCAGUGCAUCCUGGGCCAUGGGAAUCAGUGCUGCAGUAGUUAAUGCUCUCUUUCUAGCUCAGCAGCACUUCUGUGGCCACAACCUCAUCCAUCAUUUUGCCUGUGAGAUUCCUCCAGUCCUCAUGAUGGUCUGCUCUGAUGCCUACACUAGCAUCAUCUCCCUCCUGAUCACCAUGGUGUUCCUGGGACUUGGCACUUUCGCCUUCUUGCUGGGUUCCUACAGCUGUAUCAUUGUCACAGCCCUGAGAGUCAACUCUGCCACAGGUCGGAGAAAGAUCUUCUAUACCUGCUCUUCUCACUUCCUUGUGAUCACCAUCUUUUACGGCUCAGGCAUAUCCAGGUACAUGAUUGCAGCAUCUGGCUCAGUCCUGGAUCAAGUGCUAUCGGUGCAGUAUAGUGUGGUGACCCCAAUGCUGAACCCCUUCAUCUAUAGCCUGAAGAACAAAGAAGUGAAGACAGCUCUGCAGAGGAUGCUGGUCAAGAAAUCAAGGCUGACCUUCUAA